AUGGCUCAACCCCCACCCAGGCCCGGGACCCCAGCCCGUGAUCGAUUGUCUUUCUCGGCCGGCGGCUCCGUGGGGCCUCGCUGGAAGUCCGCCUCGGGGCGGGACCGCAGGUCUCGGGGGCGGGGCCUCUGGCCUCUUGGGGCGGGGCCGUUGUUCUCCUGCGGCCUGCGCGAGGGUAGGGAGAGCAGUCGAUCGCCGAGCGCCCUGGUGAGCACCAUGGCGUGUCCUCUCCCGCUGCGCCUGCUCCUGGUGUCCAACUCGCGGCUGCACGGGGAGGGCUACCUGGCGCACUGCGAAGAGCAAAUGCGCAGCUUCUUCGGGGGAAAAGUGAAGCGAGUUCUUUUUAUUCCAUAUGCACUUCAUGAUCGAGAUGCCUAUGCCAAAACUGCAAGAGAAAAAUUCGAAAGCUUAGGAUAUGGGUUAGACAGCAUUCAUGAAUCUUCUGAUCCUGUGGAAGCUGUAAGAAAAUCUGAAGCCAUAUUUGUAGGUGGUGGUAAUACUUUCAGACUCCUAAAGGUUUUAUAUGAUUUAAAUCUGAUUCCUGAGAUCAGGAAAAGAGUCCUACACGCUGGUAUUCCAUACAUGGGAUCUAGUGCUGGAACAAACAUAGCCACCAUCAGCAUCAAUACGACCAAUGAUAUGCCGAUUGUAUACCCACCUUCCUUAGAGGCUUUGGGAUUUGUUCCUUUUAAUAUCAAUCCCCACUACCUGGAUCCAGAUGUUAAUAGCACACAUAUGGGUGAGACACGGGAAGAACGGAUUCUUCAGUAUCAUGAGGAGCCAGACACCCCUCCAGUACUGGGGUGAGACACCAACAGAACAUGAGCCCGGAGCCGACUUCAGUUUUCUCCUUACUAGUUCUUAGAAGCUACCAGCCUUGCCAGAAAAGAUAAUCAGUGGUGUCACAGUCAAAAGAAGAUUGCCAGUAUAAAUAAAGUAAACAUAAGACAUUAAACUGAAUACAAAUCACAAUGCUCCAUGUGCUCCCAUGUGCUAUUUGGCAAUAUCAGUUUUGUAGCUAUAACCAUUUGGCUUUACAGAAUGCAACUUUUUAAAAAUAAAUUCUAUAAUAAA